AUGUUCACUUCGACAUAUGCCACCUGUUUAUCAAUUCCGCUUGGUCGUCAUGACAGAAAUAUUGCUUAUGAACAAGAGCACUGGUUGUUCCGCGCCGAAAACAUCCAGGGUGAACCUUUAAUAUGGGAAGUAGCGAGAGCUACCGCCGCGGCACCAUUUUACUUUUCGCCCGCGCACAUCCGUGCCAUAGGGUCUUUCCAGGAUGGAGGGUUGAGGGAUAAUUUUGCGGCUGGUAUUGCCAGGCGAGUCAGUUGCUGUAUCUGGCCGUCUAGGGCUAGAGUUAGCAGGUUAAUCUUCCUAGGCACUGGAAAGACUGAAAGCCCCGGUCUCCGGUUGCCGUAUUUCUGUUAUGUGUUCCGCGACGGUUUUAUCUGUAGGGGAUAUAAUGCCUUGAUGUCUAAUCUUGAUAUUGAGCUGAAGUGGCUGGAACUCCAAAUAUGA